AUGGCACCAAACAUUCGAAAAUCUCAUCCACUUAUCAAAAUUGUUAAUAACUCAUUUAUUGACCUACCAACCCCAUCAAACCUAUCCUCGUGAUGAAACUUCGGCUCCCUUCUAGGGGUCUGCUUAAUUGCCCAGAUCGCUACAGGUUUAUUCCUAGCAAUACACUACACAGCAGACACCUCUAUAGCCUUCUCAUCAGUCGCCCACAUCUGCCGAGACGUUAACUACGGCUGACUAAUCCGUAACCUUCACGCAAACGGCGCAUCCUUCUUCUUUAUCUGUAUUUAUCUACACAUUGGCCGAGGGUUGUAUUAUGGAUCAUUCCUCUACAAAGAAACAUGAAAUAUUGGAGUCAUCCUCUUAUUCCUAGUCAUAGCCACUGCAUUUGUCGGAUACGUCCUCCCCUGAGGACAAAUAUCUUUCUGAGGGGCCACAGUAAUUACUAAUCUUCUCUCUGCUAUUCCGUACAUCGGAAACGUACUAGUCCAAUGAAUCUGGGGAGGAUUCUCAGUAGACAACGCUACCUUAACCCGAUUUUUUGCCUUCCACUUCCUCCUACCUUUCCUUAUUGCAGGAGCCAGCAUCCUCCACUUACUGUUCCUCCAUGAAACUGGAUCAACAAACCCCACAGGACUAAACUCGGACCCAGACAAAAUCCCAUUUCACCCAUACUUUUCUUACAAAGACCUCCUGGGAUUUCUAAUUAUACUAACCUCACUAACUCUCCUAGCAAUAUUUGCCCCGAACCUUCUAGGUGACCCAGAAAACUUCACCCCAGCCAAUCCACUUGUUACCCCUCCACACAUCAAGCCAGAAUGGUACUUCCUGUUUGCCUAUGCCAUCCUCCGAUCGAUCCCAAAUAAAUUAGGCGGAGUCCUAGCCCUAGUCUUCUCAAUUCUGAUUCUGGCUCUAAUGCCCCUCCUGCAUACCUCUAAACAACGAAGCCUUAUAUUCCGACCACUCACACAAAUCACCUUCUGAGCCUUAGUAGCUGACACCCUAAUCCUCACAUGAAUCGGAGGACAACCAGUAGAAGACCCUUAUAUCAUGAUCGGCCAACUAGCCUCAGUAAUUUACUUCGCCAUCUUCCUGGUCUUAAUCCCCACCAUUGGAUGAGUAGAAAACAAACUCCUCAACUGAUA